GGCUCUUAACUUCCCCAUUGUGCAACUUGAGUGAUCCGCUGGCAGCGCGGCUCCGGUUGACGUGCCGCUAUGCGAUGGCAACGUGCGGCGUCGCUGCCACUGAAUGAAACGGCGGUGUUGUUUGUGCGGAGGAAAUGUGGAUUUGUGUCCUCGGCACCCCGUUUGGUCUGAAGUUGGAGCAGGUCGACCAGUUGACAGAAGUAGUUUGACGGAGCCCGUGGAUCGCCGUCCCCUGACCAAGCAGGCCAACUCCCAUUGCUGGAGCUUCAGUGCAACCCUUUGUUGGCAACCGUAAUGUCCAUAUUAAUGUGGUUUGGGGGGUUUAAAGUUAUUAAGAUCGCCUUGGCAGGUGUAAGUCAUGGCAGAAACCUGAUAGGAACCUCCACUGGGCUGCACAAUCAUUUGUUUGCCAACUAGUAUGAGGAGUGCCAUGAAAUGUAAAUCUCCAUUUCCUUUUUUUCAGCCUUUUUAAAGAGGUAAUUUUGCCUGAAUUACAAUAAAAGGCCCCCCAUAUUUUCUCACCUGCCUACAGUAGAGUGCUGUUGACUCAUCAGAUAGUUUUGGUUUUCAGACGUCAGUCAGUGAAAUUUCUGCAACCACUCCAGUACAAAACAGAGCUCCUAGCCUUGGCCUUGAGGGGGCACCAGCAUGAGUCAGGAGUCACUGGAGUCUGAUGGAGACUCAGCUCAGGAUGUGUGUGACUUCAGCUGGGAUGACUACCUGGAGGAGACUGGAGCCGUGUCUGUGCCCCAUCACGCCUUCAAACAUGUGGACCAGGGCCUGCAGACAGGACUGACCCCGGGCAUGAAGCUGGAGGUGUGUGUGCGCUCGGAGGCCGACAGUCCUUACUGGGUGGCCAACAUCAUCACCACAUGUGGCCAGCUGCUGCUGCUGCGCUACGAGGGCUACCAGGACGACCGGCGUGCCGACUUCUGGUGUGACAUCUUGACGGCAGACCUCCACCCGCUGGGCUGGAGCCGCCAGCAUGGGAAGGCCAUGAGAGCUCCCGAGGGUGUGCGUGAGAAACACCAAGACUGGGAGGCUCUGCUGGAAAAGGCCUUGGCAGAGGAGUGCAGCGUGCCUGCCAGCCUGCUGGAAUUGCCCCAGUGUGGAAGAGACCCAGUGGAGCUCCUGUGUGCAGGUUGCUACGUGGAGCUCCAGGACAGUGUUGACCUGGGGCUGGCCUGGGCCGCCGAGGUAGAGGAGAACGUCGGAGGAAGGCUGAAGCUGCGCCUGGUAGGCACCGAGGGCCUCCCAGACACACCCGCAACCCUCUGGCUCUUUUACCUCCACCCACGCCUCCACCCACCCGGCUGGGCCAAAGAGCACGGCUGCACCCUCAGGCCUCCCUCAGACCUGUUGGCCCUGCGGACAGAGAAAGAGUGGGAGGAGGUGAGACAGCGGAUCAGCGACCUGCCUCAGGAUGAAGCUCUGACUGCAGAGUUCAGUAAGGAUCAGCCUGCCAUUGCUGCUCAUUGUUUCAAGGAAGGAAUGAAACUGGAGGCUGUUGACCCUGCUGCUCCUAUUUCCAUCAGGCCUGCCACUGUCACCAAGGUGUUCAGUGAGCAGUACUUCUUGGUGACGAUGGACGACCUUUGUGGAAUUGAGGAGUCAGAGGGUGCCGGGAGGUCCUUUCUGUGUCACAGAGACAGUCCAGGGAUCUUCCCUGCUCAAUGGAGCCUAAAAAAUGGGCUCCCUCUCAGUCCCCCACCAGGAUACCAGGGUCCAGACUUUGACUGGGCAGAUUACCUGAAACAGUGCGAGGCCGAAGCAGCUCCACAGCACUGCUUCCCAACUGAGCAGUGUGACCACAGCUUCAAAGAGGCCAUGAAACUGGAGGCUGUCAACCCACUGUCACCUGAGAACAUUCACGUGGCAACUGUCACCAGAGUGAAAGGGCAAUACAUUUGGCUCAGCUUGGAAGGCCUGAAGCAGCCCAUGCCAGAGGUGAUAGUUCAUGUGGACUCCCUCGAUAUCUUUCCUGUCAGCUGGUGUGAGACAAACGGCUAUCCACUCAUUUACCCCAUCAAACCCUCAGUUGAAAAAGAGAGGAAGAUUGCUGUGGUGCAGCCUGAGAAACACCGAACUCCACCUAAGUCAUCGUCACCUGACACUGUCAAGCAGCAGAUGGCCAACCAGUCAGAGACAGGAGCGGGGAACGGGAAAUACUGCUGUCCCAAGAUCUACUUCAACCACCGCUGUUUCUCUGGGCCUUACCUGAACAAGGGACGCAUUGCAGAGCUGCCUCAGUUCAUUGGCCCUGGAAACUGUGUCCUUGUGCUCAAAGAGGUAUUGACUCUGCUGAUAAACUCUGCAUACAAGCCCAGCCGUGUGCUGAGAGAGCUGCAGCUGGACCAGGAGAGCCGCUGGCAAGGCCAUGGAGAGACACUCAAAGCCAAGUACAAGGGAAAGAGUUACCGUGCCACUGUGGAAAUCGUCCGCACUGCAGACCGCGUUGCAGACUUCUGCAGGAAAACCUGCAUCAAGCUUGAGUGCUGCCCGAACCUGUUUGGACCUCGCAUGGUUCUGGACCGCUGCUCAGAGAACUGCUCUGUCCUCACCAAGACCAAGUACACAUACUACUAUGGCAAGAAGAAGAGUAAACGUGUUGGCCGUCCACCCGGCGGCCACUCCAACCUGGAGGGAGGCGUGAAGAGAAGAGGGAGGAGGAGGAAGAGGAGGAAGCAGCUCUUUGUCCAUAAGAAGAGACGCUCCUCAGCCUCAGUAGACAACACACCUGCUGGGUCUCCACAGGGCAGUGGAGAGGAAGAAGAUCUGGACGAAGAUGACUCCCUGAGUGAAGACACUGGCUCUGAGCUACAGGACGAUAUGCAGGAUGAUUCUGAGCAAUCAUUUGGAAAGUCUCAGCCCACCACGCCGUCCCCCUCCCCACCGGCAACACCCAGGCCCACGCGUCGGCGCCGGAAACCCCGCUCGCCCUCAUUCUCUGAUGACGAGAACCGUCCUCCCUCACCAAAGACCUCAAAGACUGAGACUCCUCAGAAGUUGUGUUUGGACACCAGCCCACUGGAGUGGAGCGUCACCGAUGUGGUUCGUUUCAUCAGGACCACUGACUGUGCACCUCUUGCACGGAUUUUUCUGGAUCAGGAGAUUGACGGACAGGCGCUGCUGCUGCUGAACCUCCCAACAGUACAAGAGUGUAUGGACCUGAAACUGGGACCGGCCAUCAAGCUUUGCCACCACAUUGAGAGGGUCAAGCUGGCAUUUUAUCAACAGUUUGCCACGUAGCUGAUGGGGAUCGGCAUGGACAUGACUACAUCCUGUUCUGUGUAUUAAUCCUGUGAAAAACACUGUAUUUUCCCAUUUUGACUUUUCUAACACUGGACAUCCUUUAGAAUCCUGCAUAGACCACAUGGUGUCGGACAAGCAUGGACAUGAGUUGGACAAAAGCAGCACUUUCCAAUCAUUGUAAAAAGGACAAAGAAGAGCUACAUAGGGUCCAAGACAGUUCAGGUGCUCUUUAGGAAGGCACAGGUGAGGACUGAAAGACAGAAGAUUUCAAGGCACUUUAAUGCCAUAAAUAAGUACAAAAGCCUUUAUUGAUUCCAGUAUGUUUUGAAAAAAAAAAUGCAAGCCAUUAUCAAGGACUUGUUUUCAAGUUGAAACAGGUUGGGCUCUAGCUAUGUUUUAAUAAAGGCUUCUUAACUUGUUUCUGUCUUUAGAGUGCCUCGGAUUCUUCACUUUUAUUUCCUCUUUCUUUAUGAGGAAGAGUGACUGAGCACCAGUGCUAUAACAACGUUGGUCCUUUGUGUCCAUUCAUGAUUUCAAGCCUGCCCUGUUGCCCCUGCCCAAGCUGGCUCUUAAAGGGAACACCACUGAAUCACAUUUUUCAAUUGUCAUACUACGCCGUAGAAUAUUUGGUAUCUCUUUGGACUUGCUAUCAUCUGCUGGAGUCAGACAUGAGGUGGCCUUACCUCCUAAUCUAGUGAUUUCACACCGAAGUCUAAUUUCACUGAAGUCAUUUUUGGUGCGGAUGAAGGUACACAUUGUAUAUGACUGACCACUUCAAUUGAAGCACUUAAAUCAUUGCUUUAUCACAAAAUCCAUUUCACUGCAAAAACUCAGAUGUAUCUUGGUAUAUCAACUGAUUGGGAGCCUUUGUCUUAUGUUUUGUUAGACUCACUAAAAGUUCUCAAAGAGAUCAUUUGGCCCAUUGAUUCAGCAACAACAAAUAGUUGUCUGCACACAGAAAAAAAACUGAUGUGAAAAAUGUGAAAGCGAGUGUUCAUAUUGAAGUAGAUAUUCGGAUGAUGGUAGAUUUAAAAGUCCUAGUGAGCUGUUACAAGAUAAGGAAAUUGAUAUUAGUGUGAACACCGGACAUGCACACUACUAACAAAAUUUGCUACUGUUAUCCUGCUGAAUUAAGAUACAGUCUGCUCAACAACAGAUGUAAGAGAGCCUUCUUUUCAAAAGAUCAAAUUACUUUCUUCAAGCUUCUACAAUAUGUAAGAGCAGUUUACAGUGCAAGGAUUCUGUAAUGGAAGCACAAGCAAAACCAUGUACUGUAUGGUGGUAUGCAAAUAUGACAGUGCAUGUUUGUAUAUAGUGUAUAUAAUCAAAUAUCUUCUAGUGCAACAGGGUGAAAAAAAAUCUGUUGAGCAAUUAACUUUCCGCAUAAGCAAUGUGUAAAGCCCUAAAUAUACAGUAUAUUUGCACAGACUAGGCCUAAACUUUUGUCAUAUGGGGUGUAUGGUCAAAACAAAUUCAGCUACAGGUGAUAAUUUGAGCCAUUUCAUAUCACUAAAUAGUCAUUCUUUUUAACAGUUAACUUAAAAAUAAAUGGGCAAUUUUAAAGCAAGAAGAUAUUCUCAAAAUGCUUUUGUAAAUCAGUUUUUCCUGUUUUUACCAACUCCUGUAGUGUGAUUUACUGUAACGUGCUUCAUUUUGUGUGAGUAAAACCUCUGUGUUCUCUGUUUACUCAUUUUCUUGUACUUUCCGCUGUAUUCAAAGCAAUGGAACAGCUUUUAUUUCAUGUUUGACGAUUGUUAACUGCUAUUUAAAAGAGACGACGACAAUUAAAACGGUA